UUAGAACUUCCAAAGUCCAAACCGCGAAAGUAGUCCGUAAUCCGUAUACUCUUGUAAAUUUGCAGUUGACGCGCGCAUUAAAGAGCAGGAAAAUACACACAAAUAUCCGCUGGCUUCUGCAUGUUUUAUUAACGUUAAAAGAAGCAACUGAAUCGAAAAUGUCGGAUCCAUCAUGUCCCCUGUCGUCGCAGGUACGUCGACGACCCCCGCUCAUCAAAUCCAGAAUCUUUCGAUGCCUUUUCUUUCAUCUUCUCUUCAAUUAAACAUCAAUAAUAAAUUCAACAUAUGACUGUUCGUUUCAAUCCCAAUUAAUUUAAUGUACGUUUUUUAUGCCAGUUUAGUCCCUUUUAUAACAUUGUUUAAGAUUUUUGAACUUUUUUCAUAAAAAAAAAAUCAUCGCCAAGAUCUAGCAGUGGCUGAAGUGUGUUUCUGGAUUUCAUUAAUUAAUCAGUUUGGGGGUGAAGAAAUAAAUAAUAAUGAGUGCCGCCGGAGAGGAAGAGGAUCUCACGUUGGAGUACUCGCCGACGUGGGUGGUGGCCGCCGUCUGCUUCGUCAUCGUCUCCAUUUCCCUCGCCGUAGAACGCAUUCUCCACUUCACCGGAGAGUAUCUGAAGAAGAAGAAUCAGAGGCCUCUGUACGAAGCUCUUCAGAUAGUUGAAGAAGAGUUGAUGCUGUUGGGGUUCAUGUCAUUGCUAUUGACUGUGUUCCAAGGUCGCAUAAACAAGAUAUGUGUGCCCCCCAAUACAAUGCAUCACAUGCUCCCCUGCCCUUUAGCUCAGGAAGAAGCCUUUUUAGCUGCUGAAUUGGCUCCUGUUUCCCAUGACGAAGAGUUCCAUAGCUGGAAGUUGCCUCCUGAGCGAGUACCAGGCACUGGUUAUUGCGUUGCGAAGCAUAAAGUUCCAUUACUAUCUCUAGAAGCAUUACACCAUCUCCACAUGUUUAUAUUCGUCUUGGCCAUCGUCCACCUUGUGUUCACUGUCCUCACCAUUCUAAUUGGAGGGGCAAAGGUACGCCAAUGGAAGCACUGGGAGGAUGAAAUUGCAGAAGCCAAUUUUGAGACUGGGCCUGAUCUGCAACCAGGAGUGACCGAUGUCUGUCACCACGAUUUCAUCAGGACUAGAUUUGUGGGUGUGGGUAAACGGUCGACCAUCUGGGGUUGGUUGCACUCUUUCUCUAAGCAAUUUUAUGGUUCUGUCUCAAAGUCAGAUUAUAUAGCACUUCGUAUGGGGUUCAUUAUGACACAUUGCAGAGGGAAUCCGAAGUUUAAUUUUCACAAGUACAUGAUGCGUGCACUGGAAGAUGAUUUCAAGAAAGUUGUCGGCAUUAGUUGGUAUUUGUGGUUAUUUGUCAUUUUCUUCUUGUUGCUGAAUAUUAACGGAUGGCAUACAUAUUUUUGGAUAGCAUUCAUUCCUUUUGCCCUUCUACUUGCUGUAGGUACAAAGUUGCAGCAUGUGAUAAUACAAUUGGCACAUGAGGUUGCAGAGAAGCAUGCAGCAAUAGAGGGUGAAUUAGUUGUGCAGCCUUCUGAUGAUCAUUUCUGGUUUCACCGCCCCCGAAUCGUUCUCAACGUCAUACACUUUAUUCUCUUCCAAAACGCUUUUGAGAUCGCCUUCUUCUUCUGGAUAUGGCUGCAAUAUGGGUUUGGCUCCUGCAUAAUGGGGCAAGUCAAGUACAUUGUGCCCAGGCUUCUCAUAGGAGUUAUCAUUCAGGUGCUUUGCAGCUAUAGCACAUUGCCCCUUUAUGCCAUUGUAACACAGAUGGGAACCUACUUCAAGAAGUCGAUAUUCGAUGAACAUGUUCGGGCUGGUCUAGUCGAGUGGGCUCAGAAGGCGAAACGGAAGAAAGAGUUGAAAGUUACUCCAAAUGCAGCCCCAAAUGAGGAGGCAUCAAACGGUCGUUCAUCCACACCCACUAGCGUACAGAUGGGAGAGAUUUACACGAUAAAUGAGGAGCGGCAAACGAUCAAUCGUGAUGAUGAUCUGUAGAAUAGUAACCAUGUACAAGUUGCAAUGGGUAUUUUGUUCCAGUUCCUUACUUCCACGGUUAGUUGAUCCAUGUGGUCAAUGAUACAUUACUGAAAGUAAAUUGUGUAUACCUUUAAUUUUGAGAUUGUAAAAAAAAAUCAUACCAGUAUAUACUCUAAUGCUCAGUGUAUGCGUUUGAUCCAACUUGUAAUUAUGUUAAUUUACGCAUCGAGUUCAAACUAGUAUAGUUUAUUAACAAAAAAUGCAUCCCAUUCUGGAGACCUCCCAGAAGUGUUU